UGUUUGAUUAUAAACAAAUGGCACAAUUAACUACAAGAUAUAAUAAAUAUAAAACAAAUUAUUCACAAAUUUUAUUACUUUUAAAUUUUAUUCUAAAUACUAACAUACAAUAAAUAAACACGUAGUGAGUUAAUCACAGUAUUAUAUACGAUAAAAUUCACAACAUUUUUUUAUUAAGAUGUGCUCCAAUGACACGACACAGGAACUAACAGAAAUUAUAUCCUGUCAAAAGAAAAAAAUAUCCAAGUUAAACAAAAAAAUAGAAGAGUUUGAUGCUGUUGUUUCCGAGAGAGAUAGUUUAAAAAAACUAUGCACACAAUUUGAACAACAUAAAGAAGACAAUCAUAAUAGCCAGAAGAAGUUGUUGAAUGAACUGUUAGCUACGUGUGAUAAACAAACAGAAAAGCUUAAAAGAGUUGCGGACAUGGAAUACAAAUGGGAACACAAAUUUGGUGAAUUGGAAGAUGCUAACAACUGUUUAAGUCGUCAAUUAAAAACUGCAAAAUGUAAUGAAAAUAAAUUACAAUCACAGUUGACAGAAACUGAAAUGACUUUAAAAUGUGUUCAGAAGGAAUUAUGUACAACUAAAUCAGAAUUGGAAGAAAAGAACCUCAUGGUUAAUAAAUUAAAGACAAAUUUGAAAUGUAAUGAACAGGAACUCUGUAAAGUUCGCAAGCAACUUGAAGAGUGCAAAAAUGAAUGUAGUAAAUUAAAUGAGACAAAUGGAAUGUUGAAUAUGGACUUAAAAUGCACAAAAAAAAGUCUAUGUGAUACAAAAUUAUCAAUUAUGCGUCUAGAGGAAAGGUGUAGACAAGAACGAGAACAUUUAUCAAAUGAAUUAAAAAUAAGCUGUAAAAAGUUUAACAAUUUAGAGGUACGAUACGAUGAAGCAACGUGUAAAUUAAACGAAGAGCGAUAUAAAUCCAAAAAGUUGGCUUUAAAAUUAAUAGAAGUGAAUAAAGUGACCAUAAAAAAUUACUUAGAAAUGAAAAACAAGAUACAGAAAUUGCAAGAAGAAAUUUGUGCAAAGAACAAUGAAUUAUGUUGUUUGAAGGAUAAAAAUACACAGUUGCAGCAAGAAAAUGAAUGCAAAUGUACGGAAAUAAGUACAUUGAAAAAUAAACUUUACGAAAGAGAAUGUCAACUAAAGCAAAUGUGUUUAUUAUCAGAAAAAAUUGAGAAAAUCAAAUGCAAUGUCGAAGCUUGUUGUUGCCCUAAGAAAUGCGGAACUAAUCCUUGUUGUCCAAAGAAGAAAAGCGAAACUCCUACUUGUGGUUGUCCAGUAAAAAAAUGCGAAACCGAACCUUGUUGUCCAACAAAGAAAUGUGAAACUAACCCUUGUCCACUAAAAAAAUGUGAAACUAAUCCUUGUUGUCCAAAGAAACCUGAAACUAAUCCUUGUUGUCCAACAAAGAAACCUGAAACUAAUCCUUGUUGUCCAACAAAGAAACCAGAAACUAGUCCUUGUUGUAAACCAGCAAAUUCCAUAACAGAUAUGAAAUUCACAUGUGGUUUAUCUAGCAACACAAAAGCUGUUAUACAAAAAUAUACCAAAAAAUCGUGUGGGGCAAGUAACGACGUGUAUAAAAUGGAACUAAAAAAAUUGAAAUGUGAUCUAGAUGACUUACAACAGAGUAUUGGGUAUGUCUCUUAAAAAUAAUUGGCUUAAAUUAUUUAAGUCACUAAAAUUGAUUCUAUAUUAUAAUAUAAUAUAUAUUAAUCCUAAUGGCCUUUGCUGCCUAGGAUUAAUUUAAAUAAAUAAAUAAAAAACAUAAAUAUAAAUAUAUAUAUUAUAAAAGAAAAAUAACUAUAAAUAAAACAAAAUUUACUGUAACUGUACUUUUAAAA